GUGUACAUUAAUUGAAUCUGCCAACACUUGGUGGCGCUGUUUCUAAUUUCCGCCACCAACAAAUCACAACAUCACUUUCCUCAACUAGCUACGGCCGUGCGGACGCAAUUUGAUCGAGGAGGCAUUUCAAGAUGGAACAGAUUUUUCUGUUUUUCUUAACAGUGUGGCUUGCUGCUGCUGCAGUUUGUGCACAGGAUUACUACAACGUGUUGCCUUCCAAGGAUUUCGAAUCGUUUAAGAGUUCAGCGUUGCCAUGCGCCGUUCAUUUCAUCACUAAAUCCCCAGAAAAACUGAAAAAGGAUUGGCAAAUGAAAGAGUUUAUCACAAACUUUAUGGAUGCUGGACGGUACCUGGUGGACUUCGAAGUCAAUUUUGCCACUAUUGACUGUAGCUCUGACCCUGUGGAAGAUUAUUGCUCAAGGGACAAUCAUAAGAAUUCACUCUUUGUGUUCAGAUAUGGUCACAUUCUCACUGAACUGCCCAUGGACGCACUGUACAAUGUGGAUGCCAUCGUUUCAAACAUGCUGCAUCUGGUGCUGUUGCGAGAAGUUCCCCUCAUCCAGGAGCCUAUGGAUCUAGCUGCCAUGCAGCAACGUCUUAAAGGACACAAAGACAUCUUGUUUGCCAAGCUGCUCGCUGUCGGCACAUCAGAGCACCGAGCAUUUAUGGAAGGAGCCUUUGCAUAUAGCCACCUCUAUCAAUUUGUCAUGACCACGAACAUAGGCGACAACAUGCUAGGAUCUGGUUCGGAGGAAGAAUGGGCUGAAUCUCGGAACAGGGUAUGGCUGUUCAACUGUAAGCCGGCCAAAACUGCCGACCUGUGUCAAAGGUCAUUCUACAGGGGCAAGAUGAACGUGCCAGCUUUUGCCUUGUACCUCAAGACUUUAGAUGUUCUGCCAUAUAUUGAGUACAAAGCGUCGGGUGCAACCAUCUUUUACCAGCGACUGGGCAUCCCAACAGCCUACGUGUACAGCAACACAGCUGAGUAUGGACAUGACAAAGAGAUGGUGCACCAACUGGCCCAGAAGUACCGGGGGAACCUGGGCUUUGUCUUGGUUAACAGUGACAAAACUCCAGAGAGUGUAGUUGCUGAGAGUGAACGCUGCCAGCCGCCGUGUCUCAUGUUACAACGGGCACCACAGGAGGAAUUGUAUGUGAUGUCAGCCGAUCUGACUGAAGACAACGUGUCCGCAUUUAUUGAGGACAACAUGUAUGUCCGGGAAGAUCCUUCAGAGAACCAAGAAGACGGUGAUGAUGAAAGAGUGCCAGUUCAAGAGGUUCAGGAUGAUGAGGUACAGUACGCGGUCUACAGCGACACCAGGCUCCUGGCCAUGGAGCACGUCUCCAAGCUGACGGACAAGACCUUCCCAGAGUUCGUUGCCAGCGCGGGAUUGGUCGUUGUGCUCUUCACUGUCCGCUGGGAUCCUCGAUGCAAGGCAUUCCUAGAGUCCUACUCCGAUGCUGCAACUACCAUCCAACAGAACGAUCUACCGGCGGAUAUCCAAGCCACCGCUACUGGUCCAUUUGCCCAGGUAGAGUGCUACAACUGGCCCGACGUCUGCCAGCUCAACAACGUGACUAUUUACCCGACCAUCAAGCUGUAUAGAGAAGGAAAAUGGCUGACGGAUUACAAGGGAUCGCUCAGCGAUCAGGGCAUCCUGAAGUCAUACAGACUGUACUCUACUGCUAAUCCCCUCGUGUUGGAGACCUGUUCCGAUUGCCAAGCCUUCAGCAAGGGAGAGCUGCCGCACUGGGCUGCUUCCACUCUCAAUGCCGUGGUGACUGGAUACUUCCCAGAUGCAAACACCGGAGAGCGGUCCGCAUAUGAGCAAGCAGCCAAGAUGCUUCAGGGUCAGCACUUGAUGGCAGUAUGCCCAAAAGACUGUGCAGAACACAAUUCUGACGUGGAUGCCUCCAAGCCUACAGUGACUGCAUUCAAGUGGGGGGACCACCACCAGCCAUCGGUGAAGUACAGCGGAGACUACACUGCCAGCGAUCUGAUCCAGUUUGUGCAGGCUGCAACUCUACCUUUAGUGCCUGAGCUGACGCCAAGCACCCUUCCGCUCCACUUUGCCAAGGGCAAGCCUUUCCUCAUACUCUUCAAGGACACGGACAAACAGUCCAGGGAAGCAGAGGCAUCGCUGGCUAGUCUGGCCCGAGAGAAGACGUUUGAAUCGGAGCUCAGCAUACUGUGGAUAGAUGUAUCUCAGCCUUCCUGUAUCGGCUCGGAAAUCCUUAAGGACUACGGCAUCAAGCGGCAGCCGUUGCAUCCUUGUGUGGUCUUUGUGGACCAUGCUACCAGCCGUGUGUGCAACUAUCCAGCCGACUACAGCCUCAAGACUUCGGCUAUGACUGACUGGGUCGUCAUUGUGCUGAAGGGCGAAACCUCCUGCUCAGGUUUGAGAGAGGGCAAGUUUGAGCCUCAGGUCAGCCCCUACGACUACCUGGCGUUUAUCGAAGAGAGCAAGAACAAAGACAACAAUGCCCCGAGGAUGGGCAGGCUAGCGACGGACCAUCGUCAUGUGACAGAGGCAGCAGGGGAGGCGCUUGAUGACGAGGAGGAGCAUGAUGAAGACGGGGGGCGUGGACGGCAGUUUGUCUCCGAUGAACACCGCCACACUGAACUCUAGCUUAGAUCCUGGCAAAUUGUUAGUGUGUUAAGGGAUGCCAACGCAUUGAAACUUUGUUUUUCUUCUCUUGAAUCCAUUUAUGCACUUGUGUAGUUGUCCAGUUUACCAUCACUUUCAAUGUCUUAGUUUUAUGAGUGUUUUGUGACCUUGUUUCAUACUUUUGUGGUUAUGUUUUAAGCAAAUAUUCGUUUCCAUGAGCACUGAUGUGAUGUCACCUCAGGGGGGACAUUGGGAGGAAACUAGAAAUCCAUGAGAUAGUCGGCAGACGGUUUGAGGAUAGCUGAGGGUCCCAGAGUAACGUAGGGUCUUUGGUAUACAUGUAUGGUACACAUGAAUUUACCUAAAGGCACCUAAUAAAAUAGCCAUUUCUUUUGCUCAAUAUCAACUUUAAAAGAUAAAAACACCUUUACUGUACAACCUUAGGAAUUCCGGAUCCCAAAAGGGAGUUCUUUAAAAAUCCGGAGACCAAAAAAUCCAGAUACAAAAAAAAGUCCUGGAAACAAGAAAAAAAUCUUGACACUAAAUCUCACUCCUGAGGUGGAAGCUAAGUUUCACAGCUAUUUUAGUAUGAAUUGUUUCCAGAAUUUUUGUGGGUUUUUUGGUCAGCAGCUGUUUGAAAAAGUGCACAUCAAAAUGGGAUAUUCAAUAACUUUGGUUCAGCUCGGGAGCGCGUAGACAUUGGCACAAAUUAUGUUUUCCUUUGCAAGACAUGAAGCGGCCCUUUGACACUAUCUUUGUACUGUAGUCCUUGCUACAAAAUCACCAAUGUUCAAUUUCAAUUAUUUUUUAGUUAGUAGUACAUUUUGGGGGAAUGUAGUGGUAAUUCUUACUGUAAUUUGUGAAGUAUUUGAAGAGUUCUGUGGUUUAGGGUUAUUGUCUUACUUGUAGCAAAGUCCUCGUAAAGAUGUGACUUUUCGAUGAUUUUUGUAGUGGGUGUUGGGGACGUAAUUUUCAAUAGUGUGUUUUAGCCUUCCACAAUAGUCACUUGCUUCAAUAUCAGAUUUUAAUAGGCCGAUAGACUUUUUAGGGCGAGUUUAAAAAGCCCAUUAUGAUGAGUUUUUCAUUGGUCACAGUGCUAUGUGGAAGUGACUUAUUAAUCUGUUUUAGGUGAUGUGUUGUAAGCGACUUGUUGUCUUCAGUGUUGUAAGCGAAUGGUUGUCUUCAGUUCACUUUCUUUACAUUUUCACAGCAGGAUCGCAAUGUUAUACCUUGGGUUGAUCGAGACCUGUGUACUGGGAUAAUUUCAAGUUUAUGACGCCAAGUACGCAAAUGUAUUAGAUUGUGGUAGUUUGGUCAAAAUAUUGCUUGUCUUAUUGUUGCACUUGUAGCGGCACUAAAAUUUGUGUUCUAUGUACUUGCCUGGAAUUGAAGUACCGGUACCUACUCAGGUUUCAAAUAACUUACUCAGUACUUGAAGUUGGGCCAAGUUUGCAUACAGGCCACACACAUGCACUCUAGCUACUCGGACCGAUGUAUACACAUUUGCUUGGCAGCCAUCUUGAAGAGCGCUCUAAAAUUUUAAGUUUAAAGAUGGCUGUAGGAUAGGUCUAUCCUACUUAUGAAGAGUGUGUGUAGCAUGGCACCAGUAAUGUCAGAUUGUCAUUUCAAGAUUAGUCUGUAUGUAAUGCAUUGAUUUUUGAAACAUUAUUACUUGAGCCCUUUUACACUAGUUUAGGUGUAGUUUUUUUGGGGAAAAAACAUCAAAAAAUCACCUCAGAAGAUUUUUGGAAUGUGCAGUUAUAUUUUGGACAAAGAAUAAUGAAAAGAGUUUGGCUGAAGUACUGUACUUUUUGAGAAAACAGUAAUGAUUGCAUUUUCAAAUUUGCAAUGAUGUGAUAAAACUUUAGCUAGCGCAGUUUUUCAGUCGAAGGGUGUACUGAAAAUAACCAAACUUGAAUUUUAGAAUUAUUUGAAACUAAAUUUUAAAAUAUGGAAUACAUGCGAGGAAGGUACAUCAACUCAUGUAAGGCCAAAAAAAAAAAAAAAAUACUCGGUCUCUGGUCAGCGUGCGCGUCGAUUUUAAUUCCGGAACUUCGGUCUGACCAGAGACCGACUAUUUUUUUUUGGGGGGGGGGCCUAAGUGACCAUGUCGAAUGGUAACUUAGAGGUUGAAAGAUAGCUAUUACUAGUACUAGAAAUUGAAAUGGAAAGCAUAUUUUUGAUUUCUAUUGUAUAUUUGGUUUUAAUAUUUACUCUUUGCCACAAUGUUGCCAGUCCAUUAUCAAGUAUCAUUAUUUAUAUCAGGCUUCCAGUGGUAAAUUAAAUCAGUGUUUUGUAUGCUUUCGUAAGAACUACCUGGAUGACGGCAAUAUUAUUUUUGAUAUUGUCUUCAUCUGGGGAUUUUAACAAUUUUAUUCUAUCUUUCAAUCGGGAGGUAACACACCGAGCACACAGUGUUAUACAUAAAUUUGAGAAAUAUAGACAUUGUCAUGAAAUGUA